AUGUUUAAGGUUAUUAUUGAAGCCUGGCGCUUUUUUCCGGUAAAAUUUGAUGGAAUUUUGAAUAAAUUAGCCAGAAUGAUUGGUAAUUUAUCAUUUGCCAAGAUCCGGGUCUAUAAGGGACUAUUGAAGGCAUUUAUGAGGACGCGUCUUCGUAAGGAAUGCUGUAGAUACUCAACAGCGUCUAAGAUUCAUAAUAUUGGUGUUUUGGCACAUGUGGAUGCAGGGAAGACGACGACAGUAGAAAGAAUGCUUUUUUAUAGUGGAUGUACGAGUAGUCUUGGCGAUGUUGAUAAAGGAUCAGCAGUUAUGGAUUAUCUUCCGAUGGAGAGGGAAAGAGGGAUUACUAUUAAAUCGGCAGCGAUAUGGUUUAUGUGGAAUGGACAUAGGAUUAAUUUUAUUGAUACGCCAGGUCAUGCAGAUUUUGUGUUUGAAGUGGAACGGGCUCUUUCAGUUAUGAAUGGAGCAGUUGUUUUACUGGAUGCGAUUUCUGGUAUAGAAGCGCAAACAGUUCAUGUUUGGAGACGAGCAAGUCGAUGGAAGCUUCCUAGAAUUAUUUUUAUUAAUAAAAUGGAUCGACCAGAUGUUGAUCCAGCUAAAAUCUUUACGCAAGUUCAGCGUCAAUUCGGUGUUCGUUUAGUUCCAAUGCAAGUUCCGAUUUUUGAUAAUGGUUCUGGAGCAAAUGACAGGUUUUGUGGACUCAUUGAUAUUAUAAGUAUGGAAGCGUUUUUAUGGCACCCAAAUAGCGAUGGUACUGUAUAUACGCGACAGCCACUGGAGGCUAUUCCUAAUAAAAAACAAUUAAAACAAGCAGCCGAUGCACGAAUUCAUCUUGUAGAAACAUUAACAGAAGUUGAUGAAGCUUUAAUUGAUGCAUUUCUUAAUUCUGGCUCCAAUUCAUUACAUAUUGAUUCAAAUAUUUUAGGCCAGGCUGUUCGUCGGGCAACAUUGUCGAACUUUCUGAUCCCUGUUUUUUAUGGUUCUUCGCUUAAAAAUAUUGGUAUUCAAUUACUUCUUGAUGCGAUGGUAACGUAUUUACCAUCAUCUGAAGAGCGUUCAAAUGGUAAAAGUCUCAAUUUCAUAUCAACAAAUUACUUAGAAUUGUUAGAAACUCUAUCCUUUAUUAAAGAUGCCUCUAAAAACCUUCAUAAAACAGAAAAUCAGUCAGAAGAUGCACCUAUAAAAUACAGGAAUAUUUCAUUGAUGCUAAACUCUUUAGCUAGUUCUCUGAAAAGAAAGGACAUUUCUGUAUUUGCUAUUGUUUUUAAGGUGAUAGUUAACCGAGGUAUUAGAUAUGUUUAUGUCGCAGUGCAUCAAGGAUGUCUUCAGAAAGGACAAUGGUUGCGACUUCUACGGGGAGGUCGUGUACGAGUUGAAAAAUUACGAGAGUGUAUUGGUGGAGAAGCUGUUUUGGGUUCAGAUUCUAUUCAUCCUCGUUCAUUUUCUGGAAUUGGAGCAAAUAAUACAGGCUCACCAAUUAAUCGAAUUGAUCAAGGAAAUUGGGGCAUAAUGAUUAGUAAUGAUAGAAUUCGUACAGGCGAUAUAUUUGUGGAUGAUUCCGAUAUUAAUAUGUCAAUGGAUCAUACAGCAGAUGUGAAGAUUCAAACUAUAUUUGAUGGUUUAAUUGAUAGUAAAACUAGUGGCAAUGCUUAUUUAUCUCUAGAAUUACCUUCUCCAGUGGUUUCUAUAGCUCUUGAACCAAUUGGUGCAGAGGCAACCCGAUCUUUACCCCAGGUGCUUUCAUGGCUUUUGGAUGAAGAUCCAAGUUUGCGAGUUGAUGAUAACCAAGGACAGAUCCUAUUAAGCGGGAUCGGCGAACUUCAUAUUGCAGCAGCAUGUGAUCGUUUAACUAACCACUUUCGUCUUAAUAUUCGUACAGGAAGUGUUCAGAUUCAACGCCGGGAAAAGAUUUUAAAUGAAGUAGUGGGUCAACAAACAUACCAUGCUACUAUGCAUAAAGAAAUCCCUGUAGAUGUAGUGGUUCGUCUAAAACCUGUUGAUAAUCCCGGAAAACUCAAUGGCAUUGACAAUGAAAUUAUCAUUGACGAAUGUGUUACGAAUGAAUACAAAUAUUUAGGCAUUGAAAAGGUUGAACACGCAUGCACUGCUGGUGUUCUGGCAGGCUUGCAAUCUGGACCUAUUAAACAACUCCCUAUAAGUGGAGCUAAAGUAACAGUAGAAUCAAUCAAUACAUAUGGGAUCACUGUUACACCUUCAAUCUUGGGCGCAGCCGUCCGUUUUGCUGUUCUUCAUGUAAUCACCACUCUUCCUAGUCAAUUCGUUUCUAUCGUCGAACCAAUUAUGUAUGUCGUCAUCACAUUACCUCGCAACGAAGACAUAGGAAACGUAAUAAAAGAUCUCACAGGCUUACGUCAGGGAAAAUUAAUCUCUAUAAACAACUAUUCUACAGACUAUCAUGUUCUUAUUGCAUAUAUCCCCCUCAAACAUAUGCUACAAUACACUACGUAA